UGGUAGAAUGACCUAUGCAAUCCAAUUCAUAAAACCUGCUUCUUCUAAUUAAUACUAUCUCAAAAAAGAAUUGGAACCAAGCAAAGAAAAGCCUAUGGCUUUCCAACUUCAGGCAUUGGAGAGAAUGUGCAAGAUUAUACUUCUUCUGCUUGUUUUGUCUUACUUUGCUGCUUCUCAGACGAUUAUCGAGACUCUUCCUGGCUUUCCUGGAAAGCUUCCCUUUAAAAUGGAAACUGGAUAUAUUAGUGUAGGAGAAAUGCAGGAUGUGGAACUAUUCUAUUACUUCUUUGAGUCAGAAAGAGACCCCAUUUAUGAUCCUCUUGUGCUUUGGCUUACUGGAGGUCCUGGCUGUUCUGGUUUCUCUGCAAUAGCUUUUGAAAAUGGUCCAUUAGCUAUUGCUCGUGAUACGUACAGCGGGGGCUUACCAUCUCUUAAGUUGAACCCUUAUUCUUGGACCAAGGUUGCCAGCAUCAUAUUCAUAGAUGCACCAGUUGGAGCUGGAUUUUCUUAUGCAACAACUGCAGAGGGUCGUAAUACCUCAGAUACAUUAUCAGCAUUCCAGACCUAUAAUUUCCUCAGAAGGUGGCUAGUGAGUCACCCCAAGUUUCUUGGAAGCCAAGUUUAUAUUGGUGGAGAUUCAUAUUCAGGCAUAGUUGUUCCACUCGUAGUGCAAAAUAUACUGGAGGGAAUUGAAAGUGGGCUGAAGCCAAGUAUUGAUCUCCAAGGAUACUUGCUAGGCAAUCCAGUAACAGACUAUUACAUUGAUGAUAAUUCAAGAAUACCAUUUAUCCACAGAGUUUCACUUAUAUCAGAUGAAUAUUAUGAGAACGCCAAAUUGUAUUGCAACGGUGACUACCUGAAUGUAGACUCAAACAACACAUUAUGUGUCACAGCUCUUCAGAACAUCAAACAGUGCAUAUUACAAAUAAAACUUACACAAAUUUUAGAACCUCAAUGUGCGUUUUCAUCCAAGAAAACAACUGAGCUAGAUUGGGAUAUUAAAUCUCAAGAAGCUAGGGUUAUUGAUUCUCUUCAAGCUAAUAAACUUCCGGAGCUGCGCUGCCGGGAAUUUGGUUAUGCACUCUCGUACAAAUAUAUGAAUAAUGAAACAGUUCAAACCGCUCUCGGCGUUCGUGAGGGAACAGUAGAAACUUGGAGUAGGUGCUUCAAAUCAUUCCCAACCUACACAGAAAAUGUUCAGAGUAGUGUUUAUAUUCAUAAAAAUCUUUCCAAAACAGGUCUAAGAGCUCUGGUAUACAGUGGAGACCAUGACAUAUCUAUUCCAUAUGUGGGUACACUAGAAUGGAUUAAGUCUCUUGAAAUACCUGUUUUUGAUGAGUGGAGGCCUUGGUAUGUUGAUGGUCAAAUUGCAGGAUACCAAACCAAGUUUAUGAAUGAGCACUUCCGGUUGACAUAUGCGACAAUAAAGGGAGGUGGUCACACAGCUCCAGAAUACAAGCCCACAGAAUGUCUAGCCUUGGUUGAUAGAUGGUUUGCUCGUUACCCUGUCUAAUAGAAUGCUGCUUCAAGGAAUCCACUAGAUGGCUUCUAAUUUAUUUGCAGAAUUGUAUUAUUUCAGUGUAUUAAUUUAAUUUUGUCAACUCCAAUAAUGGAAGGCACUCACAAAUUCAAAAGGAAAAAUGUUCAAAUUGAUUUUCCAUAUA